AAAUUGAAAUGUAAGAAAGCAUACGUUGUUCGAAGAUAAUAAUUAAUUCAUACUUACCACAUAAAGUUUCCGAAGUCAUGCAUAUAAAAUAGUUCCUUCUGGUGUGUCAACUCACAUUCCACUUUACAAUAUAGAGCAGCUGAAGAAAUGAAUUUUCCCAAAAAUCAUCUUGAACUAGAAUCCGAUUCAUCAGAACCCUUCAGGCAAGUUCAAUCUUCAAUGGAAAUGUUUGGCAUUUGGGCCGAGAAGCGCACUACCAAGCAUUCCAUAUUUCGUGCAAGUUACAUUAUUAUCUGCAUUAUGUUUAAUGUUUCCUGCUGUAUGGGAUUUUAUCAUCAACUGAAAACAAAAAAGAUACCAUUGAUUUGCUCCAAUUUUGCUAUGCUUCUUGUGGGUGGUUAUGGAAGUGUGGCUAUUUUGAUUUUGAAUCGCAAAGCUUUCAAUGUUUGGCUAACAGAUAUGUUUCAAAGAGAAAAAUUCCUCAAUAAUAAUCCCAAUAAUAAAUUAAAGCAGAUUUAUAGAUCAGCCCUUGAAAUCACAUGGCCAAAGGCAAUAUUUCAACUCAACAAAUGGUCCAUACUUGUAGCGGAAAUUAUGCUAGCUGGAGUUUUCUUAAUUUACACCUCUUCUAAGCUCAAUGUUGAAGAAGAAUGUGUUGCUUCUGAGGAAUGCAGUAUGAUUUACAUCGGUUACUAUUAUUCUCCAUGGGAUGUUGAUGUUCAUUAUUGGUUAGCCAAUAUAGAGAAUAUUACCUUUGGUGUCUUUUGCUGUGCUGUUGUUUACUGGAGAGAUAUGUAUUUAACCUGUUUUAUGUGUUAUCUCAGAUGUAAACUUGAAGUUGUUUCUUAUGUGGUUGGACAUCUGGAUGAGUUCAUAGCAUGUGGAUUGAGUAGAACGGAAUAUUCUUCUGAAAUCGACCAUAUUCUCAAACAAUGCAUCCAAGAACAUCAGAAUAUAUUCCAAGAGUUUCUGUCUCUACACAAGUAUUUGUCUAAGAUUUUCUGUGCAAUGUUAUUGGUGAACACUUUGGUGAUAGUCAAUACCACCGUUAUAAUUUUUCAGGAGGAUAAUACCAGUUCUUUCGCCAUAUUUGUUUACUGUGGAGCCUUUUAUGGAUGUACCCAUCUAUAUUUGAUGUUAUCCCAAUCUGAAGAACUUACUCUCAAGAGUUUGCAACUGGCAGAUUCAAUAUACUCCUCGAAUUGGUAUGAGAUGGAGGUUAAACAUCAAAAAAUAUUCUAUAUCAUGCUUUUGAGAGCUCAAAAACCUUUCGCGCUCUCUUGUGGAGAUCUAUUUCCAGCGAAUCUAAAUACUUUUAUGAAGACUAUGAAGACUGUGUACACCAUUGUGAAUGCAGUUAUAAACUUGAAUAAAUAAAAAGGAAUGUUCACAUUCACCUAUUAAUACACAUAGAUAACUCACCAUAGCAUAAAUGAUAAAAAAUUUC